AUGAGUUCCGGCAACAGCUCAGACAACCCCUUUGGUGGCAUCAUCAACGGUGACGCCGGUAAAGCCACCAGUUCGAAUGGCAUCACCACCAAGGCUUUCGCCCUCAAUUUGGCCACCGGUCUGGCUCUUUUCGCAUUUGAACUUUCGGGCUUCUUUCUGUUGAAAAGCUCCGGGGCCGGGCGCAGGAUAUAUCAACCCAAGACAUAUCUCGUGCAAGACCGGCUACGCGUCGAAGCCAUUCCCGUCAGUCCAUGGAAGUGGAUUCGGCGAGUAGUCACGAUCAAGGAUGAAGAACUCAAAGCUAAAUGUGGCCUGGACGGCUACUUUUUCAUCCGCUUCAUCAGAGCCAUGCUUGUCAUCUUCGUCCCCAUGACCAUCAUCAUCGUCCCCAUUCUCUUUCCCAUCAACUACAACGGUGGCGCGGGAACGAAUACCUUCGAGGUCGGCGGACAUCCACACAAUUACAAUGUCACGGGCUUGAAUGUCUUGUCCUUCCAGAACGUUGCCCCCAAUCAGACUAGCCGUUAUUGGGGCCAUCUCGUCUGCGCAUGCCUGGCCAUCGCCUGGACACUGUACCGAAUCUAUCGCGAGAAGCUACACUUCAUUGCCGUCCGCCAGGAGUACCUCACCUCUCCCGAACACCGACUCAAAGCCUCUGCUCGCACGGUCCUCGUCACCAACAUUCCCAGCGAGUAUCGCAGCAAUGAAGCCUUGAAAGCCCUCUUUGACGUCUUCGUCGACAAUGAUGACCGGAGCAAACUGACGGUGUGGGUGAACAGAGAUUAUAAGUCUCUGCGCGCUUUGUCUGCACGUCGGCGGAAGCUCUGCCAUGCAUUGGAGAAGGAAGAACUCAAGAUUCUGCGAUCGGUCAACAAGCAGUAUCGGAAGCUUGGAUCCGCCAAGGCUGUCGAGUCGGCCCCGAGAAUCAGACCUCUCGAUUUCACGGUGCCUUCAGAACGCCAUGAAGUCGCGACCAAUGACACUCAACAAGCGUUGAAGCACAUUGCCAAGCUUUUCGACGAAGACUGCAAGGACCACGAUCAGCUCUGGCGGAAGUACCUCAAGAAGUCAGAAGGCAGUCAAGUCAAGAUCAUCGAGGAUGAAACCGACUCGCGAACGCAACCCUCCUCGCUCAAGUUUUGGAAGCGCGAGCCGACCACGAGCGUGCCCAAAAUUGCCUGGCUUCGCGCAGAGAUCGCCCGUCUUAAUGUACAAAUUGACGAAAUUUUGCAAGACCUGGACGACGAAACUCAGUUUAAGAAGCAGAACUCCGCCUUUGUGCAGUUCGACCGACAAAUGUCUGCUCACAUGGCCUUUGCUUUGACGACUCAUCAUCGCCCAGGCUGCAUGUCUCCACGCUUCCUCGACGUUGCCCCUCAUGAAGUCCUCUGGCCGAACAUGGGCUUGACGACCUGGGAUCGCUUCGUCAGGGCCUGUAUCGCCGUCGUCCUCUUUAUCGGCAUGAUCAUCCUCUGGGGUAUUCCGGCCACGUUUCUCGGUAUCAUCUCUCAGCUGGAAAGUGUGCGGUACAAUUACACUUGGCUGCAUUGGUUGCGUCCGUGGCCGAAUUGGAUUAUUAGUUUGAUUUCAGGCCCCGUCGCAUCCAUUCUACUCGCCUUGCUAAUUCAGCUCGUCGUGCCCGCACUCUGCCGUAAGCUGGCUGUGCUCGUCGGCUCGCCCACACGAAGCAAACGCGAGGUCAACACCCAAACCUUUUACUUCACCUUCCUGUUCAUCGAGUUGGUCUUGGUCACUUCGAUUUCCUCCGGGCUGGUUGCUACCAUUGGUGCCAUCAUCAACAACCCCACCACGAUUUCCAGCACCCUGGCCUACGACCUUCCCAAAGCCGCCAAUUAUUUCUUCAACUACCUCAUCAUCCAGGCUCUGGGCUUUAGCGGAAGCGUUCUCUUCCAGUACCUGCGUCUUCUUUACAUCACCAUGAUCUGGCCCUGGUUCACCCAAACUCCGCGAGAGGAAGCCUGGCUUCAGACGACCAUUCCCCAUCAGAUGUGGGGCAAUGUCUACUCGCUGUUUACAAACUUUGCAGCCAUUGGCUUGAUAUACUCUGUCAUCUCGCCUCUGGUCCUGGUCUUCAUCUCCAUCAUGUUCUUCCUCUUCUGGAUCGCAUACCGACAUAAUUACUACUACGUCCAGCGGAAUAAGGUCGACACUCAUGGUCUGCUCUUCGAACACGCCCUCUCCUUGCUGUACACCGGCAUCUACGUGAUGGAAAUCGCCUUGAUUGGCUUGUUCUUCCUCGUCCGAAACUCUGCAGACAAGGUGGCGUGCGGCCCGCAAGCAAUCAUCAUGAUUGUUGUGCUGGUUCUGACAGGCAUCUACCACUAUGUGACGGAAACGCUCUUCUAUCCGCUUCGUGAACUCCUUCCCGUUACACUGGAGGAUUCAGCGGCGGAGGCCGAACGGCGCAGAUUUAUAAGCGAGAACGACAACACACCACCCAACGAAGAGCAGGAGGUGAAGCAAAGCGUCGAACAGACCGAGGAGCAACGAUCAUCGUCGGAUUCAGAGAAGCCGAAAAAGGAACCACCGCUCACCGCUGACGGCGGGCCCUUGCAAAUCCUCGGUAAGAGUAUUAGACGCCGACCCGGGGCCGCCGGCGAAAAACACGCCAUUUCCCGCACGGCAGACAACGCUCGCCGAAUGCUGUCGCACAUCAACCACGAACGGGAAGUCAGCUUACGUCCGGAGGGUAGCGAAGGCGGUGGCGGCACGCUCAAAAAGCGCGAAGCCCAAGAUCAACUCGGCGCCGCGAUCGCCGGCUACCCAGACGAACUCACCGACCUGUCCCGUCCAGAGCGUUCCAUCGAACUCGAAGCCGCGUAUCAGGAUCCCGUGACGCGCGAAUCGGCGCCCAUCAUUUGGAUCCCACAGGACCCGGCAGGCGUGUCGGAUGAUACGCUUGAGCAUGCGCGGAAAUGGCAGGCGUAUGUGCAGUACAACAAUUCAGGCGCCUUCCUGGCGCGCAACAACAAGUGUGUGGUGACGCAGCCGGCGCCGGAUGUGCGGAGCGAUUGGCUUUUGACUUGGUUUUUGUGA